ACAAAAUAAGCACCUUUCAUGUAAUUUGCAGAAACCAAAAUAAGAAAGUAAAAGUGGCAAGGCGAGAUCGAAUCCAGCAUGCCGUCAACGAUGGUGGUGAGCGCGUACAAGGGGGUGAUCGACGCCGUCGUCGCGAAACUGAGGGAGCUGAUGGCAGGCGACAUGCUCACCACCAGCUUCCUGGGCGUCUCCAGCAGGGACAUCCUCUUCCUCAGGGACGAGCUGCCCGCCAUGGGCGCCCUCCUCGAGAAGCUCGACGACGCCGACGCCCAGGAUGAACUCGACCCGGAGGCCAAGAACUGGAGGGACCAGGUGAGGGAGAUGGCCUACGACAUCGAGGACUGCAUCGACGAGUUCACCGCCGGCGUCACCGGCGGCGCCGCCGCCGGGUUCCUCGGCAAGGCCUCCCAUUUCCUCACCACCUGCAGGGCUCACAUUAGGGCCGCAUGGCAGAUCAAGGAUCUCAAUACCCGUCUCCACGACAUACACGACCGGCGUAAGAGGUACAAGGCCGCCUCACAUUGCGCCGCCGCCGCCGCCGCGCCGGCGACGGCCGUCGACCCUCGCAUAUCGGCGUUCUACCGGGAGGCGGCGAGCCUCGUGGGCAUCGAGGAGCCCAAGAGGGAGCUCGCCAGGUUCGUCAUGGAGGAGGACGAGGAGGAGAAGCGGCUGAAGGUGAUGUCCAUCGUUGGGUUCGGGGGCCUGGGCAAGACCACCCUAGCUAGCCAGGUGUACCGUGAGGUUGGGGUGCAGUUCGGCUGCUGCAAGGCGUUCGUGUCUGUCUCUCAGAGACCAGACAUGGUGAGGCUGCUCACGAGUGUGCUGCUACAGCUCAAGCAGCACCCCUCUCAUCAUGCUUGUGGGGUGCAAGACCUCAUCAACAGCCUCCGGGAAUAUCUACUGGAUAAGAGGUACUUCAUUGUAGUUGACGACUUGUGGGAUGUUCCUUCAUGGAAUAUUAUAUCUUGUGCUUUCCCACAAAAUAAUCAACACAGCAGAGUUAUAAUAACUACAAGACAUGGGGAUGUGGCUAGGACAUGUUCCAGUGACUAUGGAUGCAUCCAUAACAUGAAGCCCCUAAGUGCCCAAGACUCAAGAGAACUAUUCUUUAACAGAAUAUUUGGGUCUAAAGAUUAUUGCCCUUCUCACUUGGAAGAAGUUUCAUGUAAAAUAUUGAAGAAGUGUGGUGGACUGCCUCUUGCCAUUGUUACUGUGGCCAGUAUUUUAGCUUGUCAGCCGGCAAGAUUGAAGGAGCAGUGGGAGUACAUCCAAAGCUCUCUAGCCACUAACAAGUUUGCAAGAAAGUGCAGCUUGGAAGACAUGAUGCAUAUCUUGGAACUCAGCUACAAGAGCCUGCCCCAUCAUCUCAGGGCAUGUUUUCUUUAUCUUGGUGCUUACCCAGAGGACUGUGUGAUUAGCAAGGUUGAGCUGAUUAAGAGGUGGGUAGCAGAAGGCUUUGUGAGUCACUCUCCUGGGCAAGAUGCUUUGGUUGUUGCAGAGAGCUACUUCAAUGAGCUGGUGAACAGAAGCAUGAUCCAGCUUCCUUAUCACGGCUACUACACCGAAGUGUCCCACUGCAAAAUCCAUGAUAUGAUGCUUGACAUGAUUCUGAUGAGGUGCAAGGAGGAUAACUUUAUCACUGUGAUACAGGAUCCACGGGCGUCGACAGAAGGGCAGGAUAAGAUUCGCCGACUCACCAUUGACUUGAAUGGUGUGGUGGAUGACAAAAUGGCUAUGAGCAUCACCAGGAGAGUGUCACAGGUUCGUUCUCUUGCUGUGUUUGGAGGAUCGAAGUGGAUACCUCCAUUGCUGGAGUUCAAGUUUCUGAGGGUGUUGUUCCUUGAGUUCUUCCUACGAGAGAUGGUCAUCGACCUCACUGGCAUCAACCAACUGUCCCAGCUGAGAUACUUGAAGGUUGAGUGCAAGGAAUGUCUGCUGGAUGGUGACAUACCAUCACAGGUCUCCAUAGUGUUACCUGGUCAGAUCCGGAGGCUGCAACAUCUGGAAACCUUGGAGCUGCCCUGGGUAUCAGAUUGCAGCAUUCCAUCAAUAUCAGACGUCAUCGAUUUGCCGCGACUGACCCAUCUGGUGUUGCGGCAGCACAAGGGCGGAUUGCCGGACGGGAUCGCGAAGGUGAAAUCGCUGCGUACCUUGCACGGCUUCAACCUGCCAGUGAGCUCACUGGAAAACAUCAAUGGCCUCAGCGAGCUCACCGGUCUCGCAGACUUGUCCCUCCAAUGCAGCAAAGGAGACGCAGAAUUCACUACGCCGGGAUGGAUGGCUACUCUGAGCUGUUCCCUGGAGAAACUCAGUGACCUCCGAGUGCUUUGCGUGAGGUCCAACAGCCUUAGCUGCUGUGCUGAUGUGAUCAGCAGCUGGUUGUCACCUCCUUUCCCAAACCUUGAGAAGCUUGAUCUGCUAGACUGGACAUUCUCCAAGGUUCCUACAUGGAUUGGACAGCUUCACAGCCUCCGUGAGUUGGCAAUUGGCGCGAAGCACAUACUCCAGGAAGAUGUUAGUGUGAUUGGCACAAGGCUACCCUUCCUCAUCCAUCUAAGUCUACGCAUUGUUACAUCCAGUACUAUCAGUAUCCCGGGAAAAGAGAGGAAGAUCAUGGUAGAAGGCUCCACCGGAUUCGCGGGUCUCCGGUUCUUCUGCUUCGACGCUAGCAGGAUGUCACACCUUGAGUUUGGGGCAGGUGCCAUGCCCCAGCUCAAGCGGCUGCUGCUAGGGCUUGAUCCGUGGGAGUGGGAUGAGGCCACGCCUGUUGGGCUUGAACACCUCCUACACCUCGAGGAGAUACGGGUGUUGACUGCACCGUCAACAGCUGCUGUUGCAGGAUCUGAAUCAAUGAAAGGCAAGUCUGCGCUGGUCAAGGGUGUGUUCCAUGACGCUGCUAAUGCUCUCCCGAGUCGCCCGGCAUUCACCUUGCUCCCAAGGAUUCGUUCUCUCUCUGAUCACGUGAACUGUUGUAAAAUCAAUAUGGAAACAGUUGCAUGUAAGUAGGACUUCUAGUGC